AUGGAUAUGGAUUCUUCUGACGAAGAAGUGCGUAUUCAUAUGGAUCGAUUUGAAGAACAAGAACGAAUAUUCGUUCAGGCGUUCAAUCAAAUUGAUGAUGAGUCAGAUGAAGAUAAAGUAGAACCUCAAUUUAAUUAUCAGUAUGAUGCACUGAAUAUUAGGGGUCAUAGCCCUGAACAAAAGGUUACUCCGGCUUUGAAUGUUAAAGAAAUAUUAAAGCAGAAUCAGGAAAGGAGAUUUCCUGGAAUGCUGGGUAGUCUUGACUGCAUGCAUUGGGUAUGGACCGGAUGCCCUACCUAUUGGGCCGGUCAGUAUAAGGGUCACUACGCAAAACCAACAGUGAUCCUUGAGGCUGCUGCUUCUUAUGAUUGUUGGAUAUGGCACGCAUUUUUUGGUCUUCCGGGAUCUCAAAACGAUAUAAAUGUUUUACACAAAUCGCCUUUAUUUGAAGAUUUAAAGUAUGGAAUUUCUCCUCAGGUAAAUUUCAGUAUCAACGGGAAUGACUAUACUCAUGGUUAUUAUCUUGCAAAUGGAAUUUAUUCAAAAUGGUCAACUUUAGUUCAAUGUUAUCGUCAGCCACCUGCCGGUGAAAUGGGUCGUUCAUACUCUUAUUUCAAUAGUAAACAAAUGAAUCUGAGAAAGGAUGUGGAACGGGCUUUUGGAAUUGUGAAGCGGAAGUUCACAAUCGUUUCUGGGCCUUAUCGUGGUUUAAGUGCUCGUGAAAUGCAUAAGACUAUGCUGACAUGCAUCAUUAUGCAUAACAUGGUUAUCUAG